GCGGGCCCGCGCCCCCGCCCGCCUGGGUCCGCUCCAGCCCCUUCUGCCGUUCCGGCCGGGCCGCUGUCCUCCGCCGGCCCGCGACGGAGGACGAUGGGUCAGCGCGGAAAAAGCGAAUGAGGGCCGCGGCGGCGGCUGCGAGCGCCUGACUCGCGGGGCCCGAGCGCCGCCCGCGCCCCGCCUCGCCGCAGACUCCAUGGACGCGCCGCGAGCCUCGGCGGCCAAGCCCCCGACCGGGAGGAAGAUGAAGGCUCGCGCUCCUCCGCCUCCUGGGAAGCCUGCCACCCCCAACUUGCAUGGUGGACAGAGAUCUCCUCGCAGAGCAUCCCCCGGACCCCCACAGAACCAGCUCAGCAGAAAGCAUUCACUGGACGACGGGGUGGUAGCCAUGACCGUGGUGCUGCCCAGUGGGCUGGAGAAGAGAAGUGUGGUCAACGGGAGCCACGCAAUGAUGGACCUACUGGUUGAACUUUGCCUUCAGAACCACCUGAAUCCUUCCAACCAUGCCCUGGAGAUCCGGUCUUCAGAAACCCAACAGCCUUUGAAUUUUAAGCCAAAUACUUUAGUUGGGACCUUGAAUGUGCACACCGUAUUUCUGAAAGAAAAAGUUCCUGAAGCGAAAGUUAAGCCUGUUCCCCCUAAGGUGCCUGAGAAAACGGUGCGCCUAGUGGUGAAUUACCUGCGCACGCAGAAGGCGGUGGUGCGUGUGAGCCCCGAGGUGCCCCUGCAGAGCAUCCUCCCGGUCAUCUGCGCCAAGUGUGAGGUCAGCCCAGAGCACGUGGUGCUCCUCAGGGACAACGUGGCUGGUGAGGAGCUGGAGCUUUCCAAGUCCCUGAACGAGCUGGGGAUAAAGGAGUUGUAUGCCUGGGACAACAAGAGAGAAACCUUUAGAAAAUCUUCACUCAGCAACGACGAGACAGACAAAGAGAAGAAAAAAUUUCUGGGAUUUUUCAAAGUUAAUAAAAGAAGCAAUAGUAAGGGCUGCUUGACGACCCCGAACUCCCCGUGUGUGAAUCCACGUUCUGCUCUCCUGGGUCCAUCCCUCUCUCUUGGCAACAUCUCAGGGGUGUCGGUCAAGUCGGACCUGAAGAAGCGCCGGGCACCCCCUCCUCCAAUCCUGCCCCACGCAGGGCCACCUGUGCAGGACAAGACAUCAGAAAAGAUGUCUCUGGGGUCGCAGAUGGACUUACAGAAGAAGAAGAGGCGGGCACCGGCUCCCCCUCCACCACAGCCCCCACCACCCAGCCCGCUGGUGCCCCCCCGCACGGAGGACAGGGAGGAGGGCAGGAAGGGCAGGACGGGUGUCGGACGGCAGGUGCCACAGAAGCCCCCCCGAGGCGCCGCUCGGGCCCCCCCCCAGCUAGUGCUGCCCCCGCCCCCGCCCUACCCGCCUCCCGCCGCGGACGCGGCCGAGCCUGCUCCCGGGGAAGGCGCCGCUGCCGAGGCCUCCAGCCCAAGGCCGGGCCCCGCACUGAGCCUGUCCGUGGGGCCCGGCGGCCCCUGCAGUGUGGACGGGGUCCCCCCCGUGCCAUCGGAGGCCGAGGAGACCGUGUCUGUCGGCAGCUGCUUCGCCUCGGAGGACACCACCGAGGACUCAGGUGUGAUGAGCUCCCCCUCGGACAUCGUGUCCCUGGAUUCCCAGCACGACAGCACGAAGUCCAAAGACAAGUGGGGCACGGACCAGGAGGACUGCAGCGACCAGGACCUGGCUGGGACGCCAGAGCCGGGCCCCCCGCGGAGCCCCCAGUGGGAGAGGAGCAGCUCUGAGAACCGGCGACGGAGAAACGGAAAAGCUGCCCCAGCCUCACACGAGGAGGAGGAAAUAUUCAUGACUGGACAGUUCCAGAAAAGCCUUGCAGAACUGGACGCAGACCUGGAAGAAAUGGAAGAAAGCUACGAAGCUGACGCAGGCCCCCUUGCCAGCUCCGUACAUGGCAUGUCCACUCCCCAUGGUGACACUGAGGCAAUCCCAGUGACGUUCAUAGGCGAGGUUCUUGAUGACCCCGUGGAUUCAGGCGUGUUUUCCAAUAGAAACAACAACGCCGGCUCCUUCGACUUGGGGAGCACGGCCGACAGUAAGGCUCAGCCACCACCAUGCCAGGCCGAGUGCCCCCAGCAGCACAGGCAGAGGUGGGCAGCCGGGCCCACCUCACCAGCUCCUUCCCAGGAGCCCGAGAGAGAGGUCAGGUCAGCUUUGACCAACACCUGGCAAGAGGUGGAUCCCAGGAAGAUGGAGCCCACGGCGAGUUCUGCUUCAGCACCUCACACUCACCACUUGAAUGGGAAGGAGGAAGGCAGGGUGCCUGGCUCUGCUCACAGCGGGGGGACCCCAGCCCCCGGGAGGGUGAUCCCGCAGCUGGGGAAGGAAAAGGCAAGCGAUGGUAAAGGUGAUGUCUCAAUACUACUGCCAUGGCACCAACGAGGCCAGCACCCAGUGGGGAGUUAUGGCCUUAAAUAUGGCCUCACAACUUAUAAAAUUGUCCCUCCGAAGUCAGAGAUGAAAUGCUACGACCGGGGGGCAUCCCUCUCCGUGGGUGCCAUUAAGAUCGAUGAGCUGGGGAACCUGGUGAGCCCCCACACACAUGCUGGCAGGACCGUAGUCCCCUCAUCGCCCACUCUGGAGGCAGAAACCCCACCCAUUGGAAAAGUCAAAGAAUUCUGGAGAUCCAAUUCUGUAGAGAAGCACUCUGGCCGGCCCACGGAGGGGCCCAAGAGGACCCCCGCCCCCACCACCCCCACAAAUCCGCAGCCUCGGGAAAGCAGACUGAGAGGCGAGCCCACCUCCCCAGACCCCCAGGGAGCACUGCCUGAGCCCCAGCCUCCGCACUCAGAGGACGGGAGCGCUCUGGGGCAGGGGAGGAGCUGGCCACCCGCAGCAGCCGCUCGGCCCCUCCAGGCGCCAGCAGCUAACGCUGCGGAAGUCCUGUUUCUCAGACCUCAGAGGAGAACAUCCAGUCAGUACAUGGCCUCUGCCAUUGCCAAGCGGAUAGGGACCCCGACAGUCCACAGUGAUGUGGGGAGGAGACAGGGUAAUACCCAGAGGGCCUGCGAAAGCACAGCCCCAGAGCCAGUGGUAGCGCCUCCUGUGGUGAAGGACAGUACCACCCCCAGCCCAAACCCAGGGACGGGCGUUCCUCGUGACGGGGGGGAAUCGACGGCAGGACCCCAUGCUGGAUGGCAAGUCAGCUGCCCUUACAGGAAGCUGUCUGCUCAAGACUGCCCGUCUGGCAUCCACGGAAAUUCCCGUGGCUCACUAGUCACAGCUGCCCAAAGAGACCAGGCUUCUGUGGGACAGAGCUGUGGUCUCAGUGGGGAGCAAGGCACAAGGACACACAGGACCAACUCGGCAUCCGACCCCGAGUGCAAGUCUGACGGCUCGAGUCCCUCACGCCCUCGCUCAGAUGAUCAGACUUCAGGCAGCACCCUGGUGAAUGGCUCCCGGUGGGUCCCCAUCCACAGCGAGCCUCCUUGCUCUCCAAGAGUGUCAGAUACAAACAACUGGGCUGGACAGGAGCCCCCACAACGGGAGGAAAAGCCCAGUUCGUUAAGCACAGGUGCACUUGAAGCUGAUGGUAAACUGCCAGCCAGCAUCUUCGGGCCACAGAAGAAAUUCAGGCCUGUGGUCCAGAGGCCGGCUCCGAAAGACACAUCCCUGCACAGCGCCUUGAUGGCGGCCAUCCACUCGGCGGGAGGCAAGGACAGGCUCCGCAAGAUUCCAGAACCCGGCUCAAAGGGAGCGCCAAAGAAACCGUCCUACACUGAGGCGGACUGCGAGCGCUCAGCCCUCCUGGCGGCCAUACGCGGCCACAGCGGGACCUGCAGCCUGAGGAAGGUCACGUCCUCCGCCUCUGAGGAGCUCCAGAGCCUCCGCAAUGCCGCCUUGUCUGCACAUGGGCCGGACCCCUUGCAGGCGGAAGGCCUUGGGGUCCAGUCCCAGCCACCCCCACCUGCUCCAGUUGCCCAGGCGCCCACCUCAUCCCAGUCAGCGUCGAGGUCCAGCUCAGGCCCCCUCGGCAACCCAGUGGACGCCAGACAGGCCUUGAUGGACGCCAUCCGCUCCGGCACCGGAGCCGCGAGGCUGAGAAAGGUGCCCUUGCUUGUGUGAGUCAGUGACAAGAUGCAGUUGUGGCAGAAAGACCCCCAAGGGACGCCCGCAGCCACCGCUGAUGAGCGCCACGCCCAGGGGGCUUCAGGAUUGGGCAGCUCCCCUGUCUCCAGGCCAAAACUCACCUCUGACUUCCGCUCCUGCGUCGUGGUUAAAACGGAUGCGGGUGCUGCUCUGCCGCAUGGCUUGUGCCAAGGAAAUGUAUUUGCCUCUGAAUAUUUAAAGUUGCCAAUAAACUAUUCUUGUUGGCAGGUUAAUGGGACUGUAAACGCUGGGCCAUCACGCUUAAUUACACUGAUGGACAGAGUGGAAAGAAUCAUGUCUUAGGCCGAUUUUGAAUCUUUGAGACUUUUACCACAUGUAGAUGGUUAAAACCAUUUAGUUGUUGAAAAUCUUUCUGAAUCCUAGGGAAAGUAUGUAAAUGAAAUAACCUGAAUGUCAUCUGCUACUUGAUGCAAGAAGAAAGAGAGGCUUUUUCAAAUGUGACUUCACUGAAUAAUGAAAGUAUUAUAUUCUAUUCCUCCAACAUUUGGGGUAAAAACCUCAUGGAGGGCUGCAGACCGUGAUCUGACCAAGUAAGCUAUUAAAAGUCGACCACAGGCACCUGGAGUAACAAUCAGGCAGGUCUGAGUUCUUCCAAGGUGGCGGUGACGCAUUCAGAAGGACUUUGCAGUGGACGGCAUGCCCACGUGGUGUGCUGUCCCCCCGCAGGCUGUGAUGUGCAGGCCUCUCCCAUGGAGGGCUGAGCACGGAGCCCAGAGGCUGCCCUGGGAGCCUCAGAAAUCCUCCCCAGGGCAGGAAGGAGGAGACUGGGCGUCUGAAGGUCACUCCCAUCAGAUCACGAUUGUGCUGGGAGUUCACACUGUGGGUGUGGUCUCCAUGGUUUGCGCAGCAGAAGAGUGGCUUGCCCAGAAUCACAGCACAGGGCACCAGUCUCCGAUAUUUAUCACAGAUGGUCGACUAUGGCUGUAGAGAAAGCUCUUUAAGAGGUUAAUAGAAAUCAAGAGGAAUUCCUGAAAUAAAAUUCCUGUCUUAAUGAAGCCACAAAUACGGCAAGAUCGUUUGUGUGUUUCACAGUGAUUUCAGCUCAGGCAUCUGGUAGGAAGGAUCUGCUGUGUGUUGUCUGAUGAAGGCCCCUCACCUUCCCUGGGCAGCGAGGGCCUCAGGCAGUCACUCUGACAUCACACUGUCUCCACUGUUGGUCUUCCAGUGCCACAAAUAAAAGAAAGUGAAAUUGUAGCCCUUGU